AUGAAGCUCCACCUCUACCUCUGUGUUUUUCUCGGCCAUAACCUUUUGUCAUGGUCAUUGAAGCGACAAACUACUAUUUCUCGAUCCAGUGCAAAAGUAGAGUAUCGUGGCGUUGCCAAUGCAAUUUUUGAAACUACAUGGCUACGCAAUCUACUUUGGGUGUUACACUUCCCUCCUCAGUCAGCCAUCUUUGUUUAUUGCAACAAUGAGAGUGCGGUGUACUUAUCCACUAAUCCGGUUCAACAUCAACGCACGAAGCACAUAGAGAUUGAGAUUUAUUUCGUUCCAGACAAAGUUGCCCUUGGGCAUGUUCGUGUCCUUCAUGUCCCGUCAUCGUCUCAGUAUACCGACAUAUUCACUAAAGGUCUACCAUUUUCCUUGUUCCUUGACUUCAGAUCUAGUCUGGACGUUUGCUCGAGAUCUCCCGAUUGGACUGCGGGGGGAUGUGAGCCGAUAUCUCCUCUAUUUAAGGUAAACUGCCAGAAACCAGAAACAAAUUCAAAGUUUUGGAUGUAUAAGAUAUGGGAAUUUGCUAAAGAAGACACUAACAGAGUUACAUUCUCGUUAAAAGUUGGGCUUGCUGUUCUCCUUGUGUCUUUACUCAUACUACUCCAAGCACCUUAUCAAGUCUUCAGCACCAGCAUUAUCUGGUCCAUCCUCACAGUCGCCAUCAUGUUUGAAUAUACUGUUGGUGCAACAUUUCACAAAGGAUUCAACCGUGUGCUCGGAAGCUUGUUUGCUGGAGUGUUAGCCAUUGCUGUUGCUGAAUUAGCUUUGAUGAGUGGCCCAGUUGCUGAACCCAUUAUUAUAGGGCAUCAGUAUAUUCAUCAUAGGUAA